UUCAAACGUUCAGCUCGUUUUUAGUGCUGUGUACCGCCAGCAGCUUGCACGUGUUGAAAUUGGAAUUUUGUUUUCGUUGCGGUACCGUAGUACUUGGAAGUGUUUGCGCCAUGGCUGCGCAGGAACCUGGAAUGAAGAAGAAACGGAUUUCAAAGAAAAACAAAUCCGCUUGGCGCAAAACAGACAUACAAGAUGUCGAACAGUUUCUGGAGGAUCAGCGCCAGGAAGAGCGCAUUGGCACCUUCACAGACAAACAGAACGAGGAUCUGUUUGUGGUGGAUGCUUCGCCGCUUAAGACUGCGCCCAGCCAGCUGUCCGUGAAGAAGAAGCGCAAGCUGAACGCUCUAAAGCCGAUGCGCUCACAUCAGGCACUGGAGAACACAUCCAAGGUGCAGGAUCCGAUUGUCAAGCGAAAUCAUGUGCGACAGAAGAAGAACGGACGCAACAUUGAGCUGGAGGUGCGUAACCCAACUAAGGCGCGUCAUCGCCAGGCGAACAGCGAUCGCGGGCUCUACUACGAGAAGCUGGAUCAGCGUCUGGCGGCCAGGGAGAGCGGCAAGAAGGAUAAUAAAGUUGAUAAGGACAUUUGGCAGGAGGUGGACUUCCGUGAUAAAAUACCCGGGCUCAAGGAUGAGAAGGGCUGGAUCAGUCGUGAUCUGGCCGUGCAUAUUGCCGGCAACAUCGGCCGCAAAGUGGUCAAAACGCACGCCAGUCUGCACCACAAAACUACCAAGGCCAAAAAGUUUGAGGCACCGCAUCCAGGCAUGAGCUACAAUCCCUCGCUGAAGGCGCACCAGGAGCUGCUGGCACAUGUGGUGGACCGUGAGGAGGGCAUCAUCAAGAAGGAGCAGCAUCUGAAGCGUGUCACCACCAGCAUGUUUAGCAAGGUGACGCCCGAGGAGCGCGACAGGCGCCGCUUAAACGAAAUGAGCGAGGGCAUUAAGGAGGAAGGCGAGCCUGCAUCGGCAUCCGAAGAUGAAGAGGGGGCUGACCAAAAGCCGGCUGACAACAGCUAUUCCACAGUCAAUGCGCCCGUCGAGAACAAGAAGAAGAGCAAGCAAUCGCGCAACAAGGAGCUAAAGCAAAAGGAGCUGCAGCGCCUGCACGCGGCCAAAAAGGCGCUCAAGAAACAGACUGCAGAUCUGAUUAGAAUCAAAUCCAUACGUGCCGAGGUAAAGGAGGAGGCCGAGGAGCUAAAUGAGGUGAAGAAACGCCGUAAAGCGAAAGCGGAGCGUAAAAAGUUCGAGCCGAAACGCUUGGGUCGUCACAAGUUUGUGGAGCCUGAUGUGGAUGUGAACAUGCCCGAGGAUCUGGCUGGCAAUCUGCGUAACGUUAAGCCGGAAAGCAACCUGCUCACCGAUCGCUUUAAGCUGCUCCAGAAACGCAACAUACUGCCCACAACGGUGGCCGUGACACGCAAGCGGUCCAAGGUGAAGCGUUUUCCGCGCAAUUCCCAUAAGGAGGCCGGCGUCAGUUUUCAGGAUCUGCGCGCGCAGCGCAAAGCGGCCGCUGCAGCGGCCAAGGCCAACAAUGAUACCAUCAAGAUUUAGAUUACGUCAAAACUCUCCAAUUUUAUUGAAGAAACACUUAUAAAUAUAGAUUGUACCCCA